AUGACAGCACGAAAGCGUUUCAAACACAAUGUAACAUUAUUAGAAAGUUUGCCAAAUGAAAUGUUCAUAGAAAUCUUUUAUUAUCUACUCGAUGUAGACACUGUAUAUGCAUUUUCGAAACUAAAUAAACGUUUUCAAGAUUUAAUUCUUAAUUAUUGUUCUGCGUUUGAUUUCAAGUCGGUGAAUAGAGUAAAAUUUGAUUAUAUAAUUCGACAACAUGAUGUUCAUCGAUGGCGAUCGUUACGUCUUUCCGACGAUGAUAUCACACCAGGUCAAAUGGCACAUUUCUGUCAACUAUGUUCCUUUCCUGAAAAUAUCUCUCAACUUAAAGCACUAUCUGUUGUUAAUAUGAAACUAAAUUCAUCAUCUUUAUUUACACCACAUUUAACAUCAUUUAAUCAACUUGUGUCAUUAUCAAUCGGACAUGUUUGUGGAAAGAAUAUUCCACGCGUUGAAUUACCUGCAUUAAGAUAUGUUGUUGUUAAUUCUUGUAUGCAUAGUAAUUGGAUGAAGAUGCUUCAACUUAAAAGUCUUCAGCAUACUAUUGAACAUAAUUGUAGCCACGAAUACAGUUUAACAUGGCCAACGGCUCUAAGAAAGUUGAAAGUUUAUUUUAGACGGACAGAUGAUAAUGAGAUUAUACGUGCUUCUCUUAAACAUUUAUCUCAAUUAACUAGCCUAUCUAUCUGUGGAACUGCAUGGGAAAGUCCUGCGCCUGAUGGUCAAAUAUGGGAAAACUUGAUUACAUCUGCAAUGCCAUUACUAGAAAAAUUUCAAUUUUGUUUUCAAUUUUGGAGAGAUUUUAAUCUAACUGAUGACAUAAAACAAGUUGUAUCUACUUUUUCUACGUCAUUCUAUGUAAAAGAAAGAUCUUGGUUCAUUCAAUGUGAUGCGCAGCGUCAACAGUUUAGUAUCGCGACUCUUUAUUCAUUACCAUUUGCAUUCGAACAUUUUGAAAUAGUGACCAAGUCAUUUGAUGAAAGUGUUUCAACAUGGAAUAACUGUUCGAAUAAUGAUUUUAAAAAGGAUUUAUAUAAAAACGUCAACAAACUAACAGUUAAUGUACCAUGUGAUAAAAUCAAUCAAACAUUAAAUCUUGUCAAUGUCACUGAUUUAACCUUGAAAAUUUCUAUUGGUUCAAUUGAUUGGAUAUUUUCAAUGAAAAAAUUAUACAAAUUAUCAUUAGGCUAUCAAUUUAAUAUGUCAUCCAACGAUCUUAUGCAAUUACUUAAACAUACUCCUUGUCUAAGUUCGUUGACAGUAUCGUGUCAUACACUAAAAUUUCUAACCGAUCAAUGGAAACAUAACGCAAUUUGUGACUUAUUAUCACGUAAAAUUCGAUCAUUAGAAAUUAGUUCAGACAAUUGUUUUUCUACGAAUAGUAGUGAUUAUGUCGACGUGCACGAUCUUCUUCCUAUUGUUCGAAUUUUUAAUAAACGAUGUCGAUAUCUAAGUAUUAUUGUUUACUCGAGAAAUAUUGUUUCGGGAUUCAUUUUAAGAGUUAUGCGACAUUUACGAAGCUUGAAAGUCUGCUUACAAGAACAUAAUGAUGAUCAAAAAAUUACAAAAGAAUGGUUAGCACAACAAGAUAUCGCACUCAAAAAUCUAGAUUAUUCUAUUGUUCAAAAUGGAAAUGAGUAUUCAUUUUGGUUUGGUCGUCGAAAAUGA